AUGCAUGUAGUAAUGAUGGUAGUGAAGAAGAUCCAUUAUGCUACUGACACAGAUAGUGACUGCAAUCCUGAGGAAUUAAAAGAUUCACAGAGGGAUUUGAGUACUGACGAUGAAAUCGUACCAGACAAGGUGUUUGAUUACGAAAUAGAAAAUAAUGAUGCACAUAUCCCAGUUUAUAGUACUCCUAGAAGGACAAGAAAACGCAAGGUGGAAACGAAAGUGUGGGAAAAAGUAAAAAGAAAAACAUUACGUAGUAAAGUGAAAGAAUAUACAAAUACUUGUGGAAAACUCGUACCAGCUCGCAGGUUACAUGACGAGAAUCUUCGUAAGACUCUAAAGACAGAAUUAGAAGUUCAUCAUCGAAAAGCAGAAAAUGUGGCUAGAAGUAAAGAAAAAGACAUCAGCUACGCUAAACAAAACACAAAGUGCCGCGUUUUGUGUUUUGACUUACAACAAACACUUCUUACUCCCCUGAUCCAAACAAAUAAAAUUUAUUACCUUAGGCAGUUGUGGACCUACAAUCUAUGCAUUUAUGAUUGUACGUCAAAAAUAUCUAAUAUAAUGACUCCUCAUCUGGAGAAGAACCAAUCAAAAAAGACUGCUUCUGACGAUCCUGAUGACAUCGCCGAUAUUAGUGACAUAAUUGAGAGUGAUCAAGAAUGA